CUUAGGUCCUAAGAUGUCAAACUGCUGUCUCCCCUGGUAGUCUGAAGUCAAGAAAAUCCCAGUCCCUCUGUGCCGCCGGUUGGAUGCUCUGUUAGCUGGCCAGUAAACAGAACGCUUGGAGUGAAGCUUGUCAAGUGGCCAUGGAGAGCUCAAGGUGUGAUUUAUGGAGACAGCAGCCCGCUGCACUGCACUCGUUAAUUCGUUUCUCCUGAGCUGUGGUUGCAGCCCCACGUGCCCUGAAGGAGCUUUGCCUCAGAACCAGAGCAAAAGCAAACACUAGACAAAGCUCAAGACAGAAACAGUCUCCGCCAGUCAAGAAACCCUCAAAAGUAUUUUACUAUGGAUAUAGAAGAUGAAGAGAAUAUGAGUUCCAGCAGCACUGAUGUUAAGGAAAACCACAAUCUGGACAACAUGCCCCCCAAGGAUAGCAACGCACCUGGGCCUGGCGAGGGUACUCUGCUCUCCAACGGGGGCGGAGGUAGCACCGGCAGGAAGCGGCCCCUGGAGGAGGGCAGCAAUGGCCACUCCAAGUACCGCCUGAAGAAGCGGAGGAGAAUCCCGGGGCCCGUUCUGCCCAAGAACGCCCUGAUGCAGCUGAACGAGAUCAAGCCCGGCCUGCAGUACACGCUGCUGUCCCAGACGGGCCCCGUGCACGCGCCUCUGUUUGUCAUGUCUGUGGAAGUGAACGGGCAGGUCUUUGAGGGCUCUGGCCCCACAAAGAAAAAGGCGAAACUCCAUGCCGCAGAGAAGGCCUUGCGGUCUUUUGUCCAGUUUCCCAAUGCCUCUGAGGCCCACCUGGCCAUGGGGAGGACUCUGUCCGUAAACACGGACUUCACCUCAGACCAAGCCGACUUCCCUGACACGCUUUUCAAUGGCUUCGAGACUACGGACAAGCUGGAGGCACCCUUCUAUGUAGGCUCCAAUGGGGAGGACUCCUUCAGCUCGAGCGGGGACCUCAGCCUGUCGGCAUCCCCGGUGCCUGCCAGCCUCGCCCAGCCUCCUCUGCCUGUCCCCCCACCAUUCCCUCCUCCGAGUGGGAAGAACCCGGUGAUGAUCCUGAACGAGCUGCGCCCCGGGCUGAAGUACGACUUCCUCUCCGAGAGCGGGGAGAGCCACGCCAAGCGGUUCGUCAUGUCUGUGGUGGUGGACGGGCAGUUCUUUGAGGGUUCGGGGAGGAACAAGAAACUUGCCAAGGCCCGGGCUGCGCAGUCCGCCCUGGCAGCCGUCUUCAAUUUGCACUUGGACCAAACACCAUCUCGCCAGCCUGUUCUCAGCGAGGGUCUUCAGUUGCAUUUGCCACAGGUGUUAGCAGAUGCAGUCUCACGCCUGGUCCUGGGUAAGUUCAGUGACCUGACGGACAACUUCUCCUCCCCUCACGCACGCAGGAAAGUGCUGGCUGGAGUGGUGAUGACCACAGGCACAGACGUCAAAGAUGCCAAGGUGAUAAGUGUUUCAACAGGGACCAAAUGUAUUAACGGUGAAUACAUGAGUGACCGUGGCCUUGCCCUGAAUGACUGCCAUGCAGAGAUAAUCUCCCGAAGGUCCCUGCUCCGGUUUCUGUACACACAGCUAGAGCUUCACUUGAAUAACAAAGAAGAUCAGAGAAGGUCCAUCUUUCAGAAGUCAGAACGGGGUGGGUUCCGGCUGAAGGAGACCGUGCAGUUCCAUCUGUAUAUCAGCACCUCGCCCUGUGGAGAUGCCAGAAUAUUCUCUCCCCAUGAGCCAAUACUGGAGGAACCAGCAGAUAGACAUCCAAAUCGGAAAGCAAGGGGACAGCUACGGACAAAAAUAGAGUCUGGUGAGGGGACGAUCCCUGUGCGCUCAAACGCCAGCAUCCAGACCUGGGAUGGGGUGCUGCAGGGGGAGCGGCUGCUCACCAUGUCCUGCAGUGACAAGAUAGCACGCUGGAACGUGGUGGGCAUCCAGGGGUCCCUGCUCAGCAUUUUUGUGGAGCCCAUAUACUUCUCCAGCAUCAUCCUGGGCAGCCUGUACCAUGGGGACCACCUCUCCAGGGCCAUGUACCAGCGGAUCUCCAACAUAGAGGGCCUGCCACCGCUCUACACCCUCAACAAGCCACUGCUCAGCGGCAUCAGCAAUGCAGAGGCGCGGCAGCCAGGAAAGGCGCCCAACUUUAGUGUUAACUGGACGGUGGGUGACUCUGCCAUCGAGGUCAUCAACGCCACUACGGGGAAGGACGAGCUGGGCCGUGCGUCCCGCCUGUGUAAGCACGCGUUGUACUGUCGCUGGAUGCGUGUGCACGGCAAGGUGCCCACACACUUGCUGCGCACCAAGAUCACUAAGCCCAACACGUACCACGAGUCCAAGCUGGCGGCGAAGGAGUACCAGGCCGCCAAGGCCCGGCUGUUCACUGCCUUCAUCAAGGCAGGGCUGGGUGCCUGGGUGGAGAAGCCCACAGAGCAGGACCAGUUCUCUCUCACGCCCUGAGCCAGACGGGUGUUGAGCACAGGGUGCUGAGGCUACGGCACCUGCAUCACCCCGAAAACCUCGCGUCUGAACUGAUGCAGAUGUGCACCUCUGGAAGGGCACGGGAGGCCUGGGGGUCCACUGGGCAUCCAGCACCAUCCCCAGCAUCUCUCACCCAACAGGGCAUCAUGGGGAUGUGUGGGGUGCUGGGCAUCUCACGUCUGAACAGGGAGCAGAUUCACAAUGGGGGUGCAUGGGAGGCAUGGGGGCCCAAGCACCACCCCCAGCAUCUCCCUGCCACACACUUCCCCCCGGAACUUCCCAGUGACUGCUUUAUAUCCUGGUUUAUGUUAGAAAUUGAGUUCUACUGAGUAGGGCUUCUUCAAGUAUAGAAAAAUAGUAAUUACUUUGUGUGAAAUUCUUGAAUAAAUAAUUUAUUCAGA